CCCCCUGCGCGCGUGGCCAGCUUUUCUCACAGCCCUGGGCGCUCCAACUUCCUGGCUUUCCCUUAUCCAGCUCCUAAUUCUUGAUUAUUGAGUGGGAGUGCUUCUCACUCGACAGGGAGGAGGGAAGUCCUUUCAAGGCCACCAUCCCAGCAGACUGGUUUGGGAAACAACACUGACUGCAGGCCCUUAAAGAAAGAAUUCCUAGGAGGAACCAGAAACCCCUCCAGCCCUGACUUUCCCUGGUGGAAACUGCAUCUGCUAUUUCUAAGUAGAGAAACUGGUCCAAGGUCUUUCUUUAUCCAUCUUCCCAGCACUGUCUUCUAUAACCAUGAUACUAGAGUUUACUUCCGAGUCCUAAAGUUUGAAGUCAUGGAAGUCCCAAAAGGUCUGAUGACACACAGCUAGUGCACACACCAGCCAGGGGCAUCCCAAGAAUAACAUGGGCCAGCCAUGGACGAGGUCACCUUCAAAAGUGACACUGUGCUAUCUGAUGUCCACCUGUACACCCCCAACCAGAGACACCUCAUGGUGCGGCUGAAUGGCAUGGGGCAACCAGUCUUCCUGUCCCAGUUCAAGCUCCUGUGGAGUCGGGACUCUUGGACACACUCAGGGGCUGAGGACAGUGGUCCCAGAGAUGUCGCCACACAGGAGACCUCUCCUGCUGGGUCAGAAAGUGGCCACAGUCAUGAGGAUUUGUCCCUCCAGGCUGGGGAUGACAUCACCAUCCAGGAACGGUUGAAUGUUCCCCUGGAUGAGGAUGGGGACCUGGAUGUGGUACGAAGACCACGAGCUGCUUCUGAUCCCAACCCAGCAGAGCCUGCAAGAAACAAGGUACAUCCCAUGAUUCUAGCACAGGAAGAAGAUGACCUCCUGGGAGAUGAGGAGCAAGAGAACUGCCCCCACAGCAUCAUCAAAAUAGAGCAUACCAUGGCCACACCUCUGGAGGAUGUAGGCAAACAGGUGUGGCGGGGCGCCCUCUUCCUGGCAGACUAUAUCCUGUUCCGAAGGGACCUCUUCCAAGGAUGCACUGUGCUGGAGCUUGGUGCAGGCACAGGACUUGCCAGCAUUGUGGCAGCCACCAUGGCGCAUACUGUUUAUUGUACAGAUGUCGGCACAGACCUCCUGACCAUGUGCCAACGAAAUGUUGCCCUCAACAGCCACCUGGCUGCCACUGGAGAUGGCGUGAUUAAGGUCAAGGAGCUGGACUGGCUGAAAGACGACCUCUGCACAGAUCCCAAAGUCCCCUUCAGCUGGUCAGAGGAAGAUGUCAGGGACAUGUAUGAUCACACCACAGUGCUGUUUGCAGCUGAAGUGUUCUACGAUGAUGACUUAACCGACGCCCUGUUUAACACGCUCUCCCGACUCGUCCACAGACUGAAAAAUGCCUGCACGGCUAUACUGUCGGUGGAAAAAAGGUUCAACUUCACACUGCGACACUUGGAUGUCACCUGUGAAGCCUACGAUCACUUCCGUGCCUCCUUGGACUCGCUGGAGAAGCUGGCUGAUGGCAGGCUGCGCUUCAUGGUGGAACCUGUGGAGGCCUCCUUCCCGCAGCUGCUCAUCUAUGAGCGCAUCCGGCAGCUGGAGCUCUGGAAGAUCAGAGUGGAACCAACAGCAUGAGUCACCUCUGAUGUGACCUCUUGACUGUUACUUAAUAUAUUUUGAAUAAAAACAAACCCUCUGUGCACUGA